UAAUCUGUGACGUAAGCUGGUGUUUUACCUUUCAAAUAAUUGCAUGUUCAUUGCAGAAAAACUAUACAUGAUUAACAUUAAGGGAAGUUUUAGUGCGGAACAUAAUUUAACUUCAGUUUUCAAUUUCUUUGUUUGAGUGCGGUGGAGUUUUAUAUUUGUGAGGAAAUAACUUUUGUUCGACAAUUAAAUUAUAAAGCAAGAUGACGCGAGACAUUUUAGUUGUGUUGCUGUUACUCCUCGUAACUGACGUCAGGUCAAGUUAUAAAAGAGUGUGUUAUUUUACAAACUGGGCCCAGUAUCGGGAUGGAAUAGGAAAGUACUGGGCUAAAGAUUUAGAUCCGCAUCUUUGUACACACGUGGUCUAUGCUUUCGCUAAAGUCGUAGGAAACAAUAUCGAACCGUAUGAGUGGAACGAUAUUAAUAAAUGGGCAAAAGGUCAGUAUGAAAUGAUUCGUGAUGUACGAAGUAAAAAUCCUACCUUAAAGAUACUGCUAGCUAUCGGGGGAUGGAAUCAUGGUAGUGAUCCUUUCACCAAGGUGGUAGCUACUCAAUCAAAUAUAGACGCAUUUGCUACAUAUUCAAUGACUUUCCUGAGAGCUAAUGGUUUCGAUGGUCUAGAUCUGGAUUGGGAAUAUCCUGCCAACAGAGGAAGUCCUCCCGAAGAUAAACAGAGGUUUUCUCAAUUAGUGAAGACAUUACGUACAAAGUAUGACAAUGAAGUGUUAACUUCCGGUCGAUCACGUCUGCUGUUGACAGCCGCUGUGGCAGCCGGUCAAUCUACAAUUGAAAGUGCUUACGAAAUCAACAAAAUAGCACAACAUUUAGAUUUCAUAAAUCUCAUGGCAUACGAUCUGUUUAGUAAUUAUAAUACCGUUACACAACAUAACAGUCCAUUAUACAAAUCCAUGGCUCCUAACGAGGCCUUUAAUGUUGAUUUUGCCAUUAAGAUGUGGUUGAAUGGAGGGACACCUAAACAAAAACUCAUACUGGGUAUGGCAUUUUAUGGAAGGUCUUAUAGAUUACGUAACACGGCAGAGACAGGACUAGGUGCUCCUACCAUGGGACAGGGUACAGCAGGAAGAUACACAAAAGAAAAUGGAUUCUUAUCAUAUUAUGAGAUAUGUUCUAACAUAAGAAAUAAGAGCUGGACGGAAGGUUGGUUGGAUGAUCAACAAGUUCCAUAUGCCUACCAUGGUGACCAAUGGGUUGGUUACGAUAAUGCUAGAAGUAUUGAGAUAAAGACAAAAUACAUAAUAGACAAUGGUUUAGGCGGAGGUAUGACAUGGGCAUUAGAUCUUGACGAUUUCCAUGGAUUAUGUGGGCAAGGCAAAAACCCUUUAAUGAUGACUAUGAAGAAUGUUUUUAAUGGUGCUCCUAUUCCAACGUUUGGAACAACGAAUGCUCCAGGACCUGGACCAACGAAUGCUCCAGGAAAAGGAUCGAUAUCUACAGGUACCUCACGUUUAACUUCUAACAGUGUUAGCAAUAAUAAUGCUCCAAAAAGAGGAAACCAGGCUACAUUCACCGAUUCUACAACACCAAGAUCUGAAGUUAUAGGCCCUAUUGUGUCAGGAUUACAAGGCGAUUGUUCAAAUAAUGACGGAUCAACAGUAGGAGCUGUUCUUGGACUUUUACUGGCCAUAGCUUUAAUUAUCAUUAUAGUUUUAGUGUUAUAUAUCCUUAAAAUCAAAGGUUAUGAAAUAAACCCAUGGUAUAUAAUACGCGCUAAUAAAUCACCAGAAAAGAAGAAAUCAGAUUUUUCAAGCAUUUCGCCAUCAAGCAUUCAAACAGUUAAUAUGCAUAUAGAGAAUGCAGGAUUUAAAAAAGAUGUAGGACCAGUGUAUGUUAAUCGGCCCGAACAACCGAAUUUUCUUCCCAGUGUUAACCAUGGGCAUGGAAAUGUUAGUCGUUUCGAUGCUUUUAACAAACCUCCGCCAAAUACACCUCCGCCAAGAUUUCCACCACCUCACUCGAAUCCGGUGAAUCAUAGUGCUUCAUCACCUGACGUUCUUCUACAACAUAACAUAAGACAAAUUAGUGCUAUCGAUGGAUCCGAGGACUUCCAAAGACAACAUAUUACUUUACAUGAAAACCCUUCAUUAGAAAGUGAAGAUUACGGCUUUGAUCAAAGGACAAAUAACCGCAGUAACUUCCAUGCGGUUGAAUCGCCGAAUUAUAACGCAGUCAUAUCACAGUCAGGAAAGCUAGGUACCUCCACCAAUGUUUAGUGACAGUAUACACACCAAAUCAAUAACACAUUAAUGUAUAACACUGUGACUGGUACUAUAUUUAUAAUUAUGUUGUCUAUUUUUUUUAUUGUAAUUCAAACCGAAAAUUUCUCCAAACACUGAUCAGACUAUCUCUUGAUGUCGACCUAAUACACUGACAAACCGCAGAAUUGUUAUGAUUUAGAUUAUACAUUUCAUAUGUAAAUGCUAAGUGCAUAAUACCAUGUAAUGUUGCUUUAACUAAUGUUGUAAUGUUUACGUCAGUUCGAUUUCGGUUGUAAACUCGCACACCUUCUAUUAUACUUAUUCUAAUUAUCUAUUUUAAUAUUUUUGUUGUUACUUUUCGAAAUGCAUUUCUAAUGUAAAUGUACCUUAUGAAGGUUAUUUCAUGAAAAUAUUGUGCGCAGUGAAAUAUUGCCCUACAUCUAAUACUGUGUUAUCGUUUUGCAUAUUUUUAAAUUAAUUUAAUUAAUUGGUUUUUUUAGCUUUGUAUUAUUGUUUUUUACGUUUCAUCGAUGUUAACACCUUUAUCAUUUAACAUAUGUACAUUAUACAAAGAAGUCUAUCUGAUGUGUGCUUUACAAAAGGAGAAGCAUUCGUUCACAAUAAAUUUAUGGCUAAAAAAAUGAUUGUAAUCCCCUAGAAAAUUCUGAAAUAAAUAAUCAACUAACCCGUGGAUUUUUACAAUAAAGUACUAAAACUAUUUGCUGAACACAUUUGUGAACACCUUCCUUUACAGAAAUGGUUUUCAACAUCUGAGAUAAUGAUAAUAGACAUUUCCGUAUAAAGUUUACUGGUUGUUUUCUUUAGACUUUCAUAUAUAAGAAUUGUUUUAAAAGUCGUAACAAAUAUUGAAAUGUUUCCAGAAUGAUAUUAGAUAUUUUCCUAAUUGUUACAUUAUAUUAAAGUUAUGUUUAUUAGUUCUACUUGUUACAUAUCAAACUAUUGCAUUAAAUAUUUUCCAUAAAA